AUGAGGAGUAUUAUUUUAGUGUUGGCUUUGGCCCUGGCAGCUGUUUCAGCUGUGCCAUUGGAGGAGGACCAGGAGGGCUCACUGCAGGAACUGGCCAAGGAGUUCGGCCUUGAGUUCGACUUGGACUUCGACCUGGACCUGGGAUUCAACUUGGAGCAGGAACUGCUGGAGGCGGGCACCGUGGAUGUGGAUGAGUUCGGAUUCGUGAACAAGAUGGUGGGCUUCUUCCUCGCCGAGGCGAAGGCUCUGGGUCGCAGCAUCAUCCGGCUGACGGAGCGCCAGCUGCUGAAGAUCUUCCUGUACCCGGUGAGGCAGCUGGAGGAGCUGGCCGCUGAGAUCGAGAGGCGUGCUGUGGAAGGCGGCGAGUGCGCGGUGAACGUAACCACCGGUUUGGCCGAAGUGGUGGAGUCGAGCACUUUGGAUUUCCUGGGCUGCGGACGCGAUGCCGCCCUCACCUCGAUCAACCUGAUGCUGGACACCAAGAAGGCCAUCCUCCAGCUGACCGUGGAUGGCUGGCAGAUCUUCAAGCUGCGACGCACCUGCAAAACGUACAAGGAGGGCGGCAUCAUGCGGAAAACCUGCUCCGCCAAGUUGUACACCAAGUGCGGAUUCUUCGUCAUCAGUGGCCAGAAAUCGCUGCGCACGCUGAUCGGUUUGCGGAAGAGCGUUCCCGCCGUGGCCACCGAUGCCACCGCCUGCACCACGGAGGCCACCGAGAACGCCGUCCGGGGAUUCGACGAGAUCAACUCCACUAUCGACACCUGCAUCGACAACUUGUUUUAGUAACCUGUAAUUUGUAAUGUCACAAUAAAAUAAACAAUGCAUGAAGCAAAA